UGUGUGGGAUGGACACCUAUAUGAACAAGGGACUACGCCCGCUUUAAAGCUGAGGACCGGCAUUGAUCUAUAACCUACACGCUGCAGUUGCCGUUCGUGGUCAUGGAUGAUUUUGUCCGUAACACAUUAAAUGAAUGGGGCUUCAGCGAGUGGACUGAAAGAUUUGAAGAUCAACGUAUUGACACGGAGAGUCUUUAUUGUCUCGAUGAACACGAAAUCGACUCCUUGAUCCCAAUAGUGGGACCAAGGUCAAAGUUCAAGAAGAGACUCAAGUUGUUAAAGGAACAAAACACAGCAAAUCCAGAAACAGUUGAUUCGCCUACUCAAGUUUGUCCGUCCACCAGCGGCACAAGUGAUGAAGGAAAGAGAAGGUUGGAUCUUCAGGGCGAGUCUAGCCAAUCACCAACUAAAAAACAACGACUUAACACGAAACCAGGAUCAGACUCAGAAGAAAUCAUACUGUCUGAAGUGAAAACCAUCAUGAGAUAUGUCCAUCAGAAAAUACCUAGCCAAGACAACAAGCUAAACAAUUUCCUGAGGGAAAAAAUCUGUGGUUUGGAUACAGACAAGAGGGAGAAGGUCGGUGUCUUUGGCAAAAGCGGGGCUGGAAAGAGCUCUUUGAUAAAUGCCGUCAUUGGAGUGAAGGAUCUCUUGCCCUCUGGAAGAGUCAGUGCAUGUACCUCAGUCAUGAUUAAAGUGGAGGCUAACAUGCAGAACUCAAAGUAUGAGGCAGACAUUGAGUUCAUUACAGCAGAGGAGUGGACCGAUGAGCUGUGGUUCUUGUUAAACUUCCUCGGGGAUGAUGCGGAUCAGGAAAGUAAUCAGAAAGAUGACGAUGAUCGUCGGGAUAUUGUUGAAAAGCUGUCAGCACUGUAUGGAGAAGAUUGUGAAAAAAAAUCUCGUGAAGACCUCAUGGAUGGCAAAUAUUUCAGAGAGAUCCCAGAAUUUCGACUGCGCAAGAAGAAAACUUUGACAGGCGAAACAGCAAAAGAGCUAUCUGAAAAAUUAGUGAUAUACACAAGAAGCGACCCAAAAGAUGGAGAAGGUCAAGAAGUGAAAAGGUGGUAUUGGCCACUAGUGAAGUGUGUCACUAUCAGGGUGCCAAAUAAUGAUCUUCUUAAGCAUGUGACAAUUGUCGAUCUUCCUGGAAAUGGGGACCGUAACAAGGGCAGAGACAAGAUGUGGCAACAGGUCGUUGGAAGUUGUUCCACUGUGUGGAUCGUGACUGACAUGAAUCGAGCUGUGGCAGAGCCAGAAGCCUGGGAGAUCCUGAAAAGUGCCAGUAGCUUCAUGGGAAAUGCUGGCGAGUGUCGGCAUAUUCACUUUAUCUGCACCAAGUCUGAUCUUAUUGAAGAUUCAGAAGAUCGUUCAGCAGCUGGUGUUCGUGAUUUCAUAUUGAAAGCAAACGAUCAAGCAAAGAAAGAAGUGAGAAAAGAAUUCAGCAAACUACACACGGUUAAGAAACAUUUCAGUGAUAAAAGUUUCAAAGUGUUCACAGUGAGCUCCAAAGAGUUUCUAAAAACGAAACUUCUACAUAAAAAUGAUACUGAAAUACCCAAACUUCGGAAAUUUCUGCAGAAUCUCAAUGACCGUCACUCAGAGUCGUUAAACUAUGUGUCUAGAGCUCUUGGGAUUCUCUCUCUGAUUCAAGGGGCCAGCCGUAGAGAAGGGGCUGACAUAAAGACAGCUGUUUGCACAUUCCUGAAACAAAAGAUCAGGCAUGAACUUGACGUUACAGUUGAGCUUGAGAUGGUGAGGAACCACUACAAAGAACUGAUGGGAAGCCCAGCUGAAGAACCACAAACUGGUCUGCACAGCUGAUUACCAACUGAAGAGUCCUGGGGGAUUGCUGAUUAGAGCCGGGAGGCAUUUUGUUUUUAAUGAUUUAAUGAACUCUUUUUUUUCUUCUUCUUUAAUAUAUUCUUAAGUUUUUUUGUCCAAUUUUUUAUCUUAGUUUAGUAUUGGUUGAUGGGAAUUGAAAUUCCAAUGGUUUUAUGGGUGUUAAACAUACAUCCUGAACCUUGAUCACAGUACAUACUGUAGGUUUGAUUUGACAAAGACUUUAGGCUUCUCAAAGAAUGAUCUGACCUUUCUUCUUUAAUGUUCAAGGACAAAAUUAGCUUGCUGUGUUUUUUGCUGGUGUUUUUGAAAUGAGUUCAUUCAUUUAUGAAAUAUUUGAUAGAACUAGAUUAAUUCAUUCAUUCAUCUUCCAUAACCGCUUAUCCAGUUAAGGGUCGCGGGGGUGCUGGAGCCGAUCUCAGCUGUCAUUGGGCUAAGGCAGGGUACACCCUGGACAGGUCGCCAGUCUAUCACAGGGCCGACAUAUAUAGACAAACAACCAUUCACGUUCACAUCCACACCUAUGGGCAAUUUAGAGUCAUCAUUAACCUAAGGUGCAUGUCUUUGGACUGUGGGAGAAAGCCGGAGAACCCACGCUGACACGGGGAGAAAUAGAACUAAAUGAUAUUAAUAAACCAGCCCAUCUGGUUUCUCAUUAUUUACUGAACAAUUAUUUUGUUUUAAUCUUCACAGGUUUUGUCAUGGUAUACUGUCCAAUAAAGAUCACGUUCAAAGUGCCACAUGUACUUUGGCUUCUUUUUCUAAACAUCAGUUUCUAUUGAUAGAUAAGCAAACAAUUUCCAACUUUUUUCUUGUCAAUUUCUUUUUAAAACCUCUCAAAGACCUUACCUUAAAUUAAGUUUCCUGACACCAAUCUACAUUACAGUUCUCAAACACUUUUACUAACACACACCACAAAUACUAUACAUAUUAUAAAUGUGUGAUACAUUUUAACAUAGUAGGUUAGACCUGUUAGUCGGUGUGUUCAAUGUGUAAAGAUUUGUAAAUAUGCAUGUUUGUUGCUCAUUUACUCAGCAUCUAUGAGGUUUAUGUCUAUGAACUGAUAUGACAUUAACUUUGUCAUAUAAAAGCCAUGUUGUUUUGGACAAAAUUUAAGACAUCAUUUUAGAUGUAGAAAUCACUUCCCUUGUUUGACAUUGUUUUUGGAUGUGUACCCAAGUACGUUCACUGUGUUCUACUGGCUGUGUCCCAACUAGUUAUGCACUGCAUCAUGAGAUAUGUAACUGUCAAUAACUCCCUAGCGUUGCUUGUUGGUUCAAGCCAAAUUCACUGUAAAUAUUUCUUUAUUAAAUAUCUAUUUUAGGAA